AAGAAGAAUCUCCCUACUUCCGGAUACUUCCCCAUGCUUUCAGUGUUUGUUUACACCCCUGUACACAAUGCUGACUAUUCUGUCCAGUCGUAGUGGUUAUGUUCGUUGUUACUGGUAGUAUAAUAUAAUUUUUACGUGUAGUUAUGCUGACUGGGUUGUUGUACGCGUUGUUAGCCGGAUUGUUUGGUGCUCUCGCGUCCUCAUCUGCAAAGUUAUCUUUGGGUAGCAGUUACUUGAAGGAGCUGUGCGACACUGCUGAGAGACAGUGGGGUGUUGAGGAGGACAGUGGAACCCCUGGUGUCAACACGACAGCUUGUGAAUGGGUCCACAUUCCUCUGAGACUGGUGUGUGGCCUUCUGCUGUUCAGCUCCAAUGCUGUGAUGUGGACUUUCUUUGCCAAGGCUCUGCGACAUUCCUUGUCUUCGGCUCAGGCUACUGUAACCACUACUGCCUCUAAUUUCAUUUCUUCUGCAUUCCUUGGACAUGUGAUCUUUGGAGAAAGCCAUGCACUUCUGUGGUGGGUUGGCAUCUCACUAACCUUGCUGGGGCUCUUCAUCUUGCAUGGAUCCUCUCUCCAGAACCAACAAUUAGCUGUGAAAAAGGAGGCCUGAUGUCUUCGCUAUGAAGAUUGAAAAGAUGAUUUCUAAAUUAUUCAGCCAACUUUUCUGAAUAGUUUUAGUAUUCUGGUGUGCAGGGACCUGUGACCUCUAUAGCCAUUUUGUUUCAUUGCAAUUCUUCAGUAAGCUUUUCAAAUCACCCUGCUGUAAAUUGAAUGAUGUACACUUUCCACCACUUGGAGAACGUACUAUUGUGAAUUAGACCUCAGCUGUUUUGCAAGGUUGGACAGACUUUGGGACGCCUGCAGCGCAAGUCAGGGAGUCCAGCUGUUUGUCUAGACCAGGGGUCACCAAACUACGGCCCGCGGGCCAGAUCCGGCCCGCCACCCCCCUUUGACCGGCCCCCUAGCCCCCCAUCACUUGAACCGGCCCUAUGAGGCAAUCCCCACAAGUGGUCAUGGCCUAUUUUUUUAAAUUGCUUUUUGGCAAAUAAUAACAUGUCUGCAUCUUGUAUUUUGUUGAUUUUAUCAAUUAAAAUUGAUAUUUAGUUAUAAAAUGAACUAUUCAUAUUUUCCGAAUUUUCGUCAUAUGCUCGCGAUCAAGCAGUGACAGGCAGCGCACGUGCAGAGAACUGUCAGUGUUCAGGACAGCAAAAUGGCUAGCGGUCAGCGAAAAGCUGACCGAGAGUGCAGAGUUUUUAAAGAACAGUGGACUACUGAUUAUUUUUUUGUUCAGUGUAAGGACCGUGCAGUUUCUCUUGUAUGUAAAGAAAGUGUGCCGGUUUUCAAAGAAUAUAAUCUGCGUCGUCACUAUGAAACCCGCCACAAAGAGUAUGCUAGUUUGCGAGGGCAAACAAGAGAAGACAGGAUUCGGAGGAUGAAAUGCGGACUGGCUGCACAACAGAAUGUAUUCCUUCGCCAAACCCAGAUCAACCAGGCUGCUGUCUGAGCUAGCUAUAAGGUAGCUCACCUACUAGCUACCCAUGGAAAGCCGUUUACUGAUGGGGACUUUGUUAAAGUAUGCGUGCUUGCUGUGGCCGAGGAGGUGUGUCCCGACAAGAAGGAUGCGCUCGACGCGGUGAGUCUCUCCGCACCUACUAUGACCAGGCGAACCGAAGAUUUGGGGGACAACGUGUAUGACCAGCUGAAUGAGAAAGCGUCAGAAUUCGAGUUUUUUGCUUUGGCCGUGGAUGAGAGCAAUGACGUGCAGGACCCAGCACAACUGCUGUGAUCUAUUGAUCUAUUGCUCAUAUUAUAAUUUCACUGUUUUUAAAAUGUAUUUAUUUUAUAGGCCUAUUUAUUUGACCUUUAUUAAGUGCUGCAUACAAUUAUUAUUUAUAUUAUUAAUAAUAACAGGCCUACCUACAAUUUAUAAUUUUCCACUCACCUUUGCCAGUGUCAAUCACCUCAACUAGGCAGAUGUUUCUUACCUUGACAGCUUUGAUGUUAUUUUUAUUAGAAAAUAAAUAAAUGGAAUAUCUGUGGUAUUUCAAAUUAAAACAAAGUGUGAAGACUUGAUUACUACUUUUGCAAACCACUAGUAAAGAUAAACAAAUAUGUGCCAGGAAUCAAGUGUUGAUAUAGUAGUAUGGAUAUAGUAGUGUGGAUAUAGUAGUGGGGAUGGCUGUGCCAGGCUAGUAAUCUCUACUACACAAUGAGGCCUGCUGGUGGUCAUAUUUGUCUGGGUCAUACAAUUCUAUGUGAUAUAGCUGACCCAACCCCGGCCCCCAUCACAGUCAGGAACGACAGUGUGGCCCCCAGAGAAAAAAAGUUUGGUGACCCCUGGUCUAGACUGUUGGGGUAGUCAGUCAUUAGGAGGGCUUGUCUAGCAAUACAGGACUCCACAUAUGCUGCAGUGAAAUACUGAAAUGAAUGCUUGAAAGGGAACUUCAGGUUACGAUUAUAACAUUGCUUCUCUGAUAGCACGAGUAAAGGUAUCUCACCAGAUCACCCUUAUUACACAAAGCGAGCUAGAGUUGUGCUCAUUUUAAAUGAUGUAAAAACUAAACAUUGUUCAACACAGAAGGAGCAGCUUUCCAUGACAUGUUCGAGCACUAUGAAACUGUUUGAAUGUGCAUCUAUGUGAUGUUAAAAAUAAAAAACAAAACAGUGAGCACAUUAA